AUUUUUCUCAGUGUUGUUUACGUUUCGGGGUGAAUGGAAGAAUAUUGUGACUGGCUGGCCUAUGUUUAAAAUUGGAAAUAUUCUUAUUAGUCUUAAUUAAUUUUCGAAGAUGUUUCGGAAUCUGUGUCGCUUGUGUGCCACCAACACGAGCACGACCAAUGCCAUAAAGUUGUUCUUGAGUGACACUCGCAUAAUACUACAUGAUAUUAAGUUGCUCACCGGUCUCCUGCUGCAAUGCGAGCCCGAGUUGCCCGACUGGAUGUGCGAGACAUGUCAGCAGGAUCUGAAGAGUGCCAUCGAUUUUCGGGAGCGGUGCCUGAAAAGCCAGAAAAUAUUCGAGGAACCGGAAGCCGACAUUUCCUCUGCCUCGUCAAAAACUACCACCCACUCCCUAUCCACCCGCCUGGGCUGUGUUCGCCGCAGUACACGUUGUCGCCCAAGAAAUUAUAAAUCUGUCGAGCCCGUGCUGCCACCCACUCCCAUGGAAGUGAUGAUUAAGUUGGAGAGCCUGAGCAACAGCGAUGGAGAUGACGACGGAGUCGAUCAUUUGGACUCCAGCCAUGAGGCCGACCUGGAGCGGGCCAUCAAGGAGAUGUCCAUAUCGGAGGAGGAGGAAGACAAGCCACUCAUAACGAAGAGGGGCAAGCGCCGCGGUCGCCCCAAGAGUGCAGUGAAGCUCAAAAAGCGUCCCAAGGCUUCGCUCACAGUGUUCUUUUGUGACCAGUGUGGCAAAAACAUCACGGGCAAGUCCUCUUUUGAUCGCCACCUGCGUAAACACAGCGGCAUACGGCCCUUCCAGUGCCAAAUUUGCCCGGCCCGAUUCCUCUCCGCGGGCGAGUUGAAGGGCCACCAGGUGAUGCACACCGGAGACAGGAACUUCCCGUGCCGCUACUGCGAACGGUCCUAUGUCAACUACAGUGGUCGAAUGCGGCAUGAACGCACCCACACCAACGAUCGUCCCUUCGCCUGCCAUCAGUGUGGAAAAACCUUCACCAAUUCGUACAUUCUCAAGAACCAUAUGCUCAUUCACACGGGCGAGCGUUUAUUCAGAUGCGAGCUGUGUCAGAGGUCGUUCGCGCGCCCCACCCACUUGAAUACGCACUACCGCUCCAACACACACAAGCAUAACGUGGAGAAGGCGAAGUUAGGGUCCACCUCCAGUCAAUCGCAAUCCCAAACAAUCGAGCACACCAAGCACUCAUCAGCAGUAGAGACGCAACCGGAGGAAAUUACUUAUAUGAUAGAAGUGCCUUUGCCGUUGGAUGAGAAGCAGGAAGAAGAUACUUCUCUAGAACUGGCAACUCUCGGUGCAUCAACAUUAGUCUACAGUACAAAUUAACGUGUUAAUGAAGCAAUCUCAAUAAUAAAAAUGGCCAAAUCAAA